AUGAGGCUUGCGGGCUGCGGGCUGCGCUGGGCCGUCGCCCUGCUCAUCGCUGCGACUGCGGGUGCAGUGGAAGACAAAUGUGGGAGAAAUGAGUUCCAGUGCCGAGAUGGGACAUGCAUCUCCUACAAGUGGGUUUGCGACGCGAGCGCUGAGUGCCAGGACGGCUCCGAUGAGUCCCAGGAGACGUGCAUGUCUGUCACCUGCAAGAUGGGGGACUUCAGCUGUGGGGGCCAUGUCAAUCGCUGCAUUCCUGAGUCCUGGAGAUGCGACGGCCAGCUGGACUGCGAGAACGGCUCAGACGAGGAAGACUGUCCCCCCAAGACGUGCUCCCAGGACGAGUUCCGCUGCAAUGACGGCAAGUGCAUCGCCCCGAAGUUCGUCUGCGACUCGGACCUGGACUGCUUAGACGGCUCAGACGAGGUGUCCUGCCCCGCGCCCACCUGCGGCCCUGCCAGCUUCCAGUGCAACAGUACCACCUGCAUCCCCGAGCUCUGGGCCUGCGACGGCGACCCUGACUGCGAAGACGGCUCGGACGAGUGGCUGCAGCGCUGCGGGAGCCCCCAGCCGUCGGCCCCCUCACAGGGCAACAACCCCUGCUCGGCCCUCGAGUUCCACUGCCGCAGCGGCGAAUGCAUCCACUCCAGCUGGCACUGCGACCACGACCCCGACUGCAAGGACAAGUCUGACGAGGAGAACUGUGCUGUGGCCACCUGCCGGCCUGAUGAGUUCCAGUGCUCGGAUGGGACCUGCAUCCACGGCAGCCGGCAGUGCGACAGGGAAUAUGACUGUAAGGACCUGAGCGACGAGCUGGGCUGCAUCAAUGUGACUCUGUGUGAGGGACCCAACAAGUUCAAGUGCCAAAGCGGCGAGUGCAUCUCCCUGGACAAAGUGUGCAACUCAGUCAGGGACUGCCGGGACUGGUCGGACGAACCCCUCAAGGAGUGCGGGACCAACGAGUGUCUGGACAACAAGGGCGGCUGCUCCCACAUCUGCAAUGACCUCAAGAUCGGCUACGAGUGCCUGUGUCCUGAGGGCUUCCAGCUGGUGGACAAGCACAGAUGUGAAGACAUCGACGAGUGUCAGGACCCAGACGCCUGCAGCCAGCUCUGCGUGAACCUCGAGGGCAGCUACAAGUGCCAGUGUGAGGAGGGCUUCCAGCUGGAGCCCCUCACCAAGGCCUGCAAGGCCGUGGGCACCAUCGCCUACCUCUUCUUCACCAACCGCCACGAAGUGAGGAAGAUGACUCUGGACCGCAGCGAGUACGCCAGCGUCAUCCCCAACCUGAAGAACGUGGUCGCCCUGGACACGGAGGUGGCCAGCAACAGAAUCUACUGGUCCGACCUGUCCCAGAGGAAGAUCUACAGCGCCCAGAUCAACAGAGCCCCCAGCUUCUCUUCCUACGACACCGUCAUCAGCGAGGAUCUCCAGGCCCCCGACGGGCUGGCAGUGGAUUGGAUCCACAGCAACAUAUACUGGACUGACUCCAUCCUGGGCACCGUCUCAGUGGCUGACACCAAGGGUGUGAAGAGGAAGACAGAAUUCUCAGAAAGCGGGGCACAGGUUCAAUCCCUGGUUGGGGAUCCUAUCCACUUCUUCAUGUACUGGACGGACUGGGGAACCCCUGCCAAGAUCAAGAAGGGGGGCCUGAAUGGCGUGGACGUUUACUCGCUGGUGACGGAGGACAUCCAGUGGCCCAAUGGCAUCACCCUGGAUCUUUCCAGCGGCCGCCUGUACUGGGUCGACUCCAAGCUGCACUCUAUCUCCAGCAUUGAUGUCACCGGGGGCAACCGGAAGACCGUGCUGGAGGACAAGAAGAAGCUGGCGCACCCCUUCUCCUUGGCCAUCUUUGAGGAUAAAGUAUUUUGGACGGAUAUUGUCAACGAAGCCAUUUUCAGUGCCAACCGCCUCACGGGCUCAGACAUUAAUUUGAUGGCAGAAAACCUGCUGUCUCCAGAGGACAUCGUCCUUUUCCACAACCUCACGCAGCCGAGAGGGGUGAACUGGUGUGAGAGGACUGCCCUCCGCAACGGUGGCUGCCAGUACCUGUGUCUGCCAGCCCCGCAGAUCAACCCCCGCUCGCCUAGGUUCACCUGUGCCUGCCCCAACGGCAUGCUGCUGGCUGAGGACAUGAGAAGCUGCCUUGCAGGUGGGGGCACCGGUCUGCCUUCUGCCACCCUUGCGGAGACGGAACCUGAAGUUACCACCUGGAGGCCCUCCACGGUCAACUCGACAACCGUGGGUCCGAAGCGCACAGCCAGUCCUGAGCUCACCACGGCAGAGUCAGUGAUGAUGUCCCAGCAAGUCCUGGGUGAUGUUGCCGGACGAGCGGAUGCGGAGAGGCCCCAGGGCGUGGGUGCUCUGUACAUCGUCCUCCCAAUCGCGCUGCUCAUGCUCCUGUGCUUCGGGACCUUCCUCCUCUGGAAGAACUGGCGGCUUAAGAGCAUCAACAGCAUCAACUUUGACAACCCUGUGUAUCAGAAGACCACGGAAGACGAGGUCCACAUCUGCCGCAGCCAGGAUGGCUACACCUACCCCUCGAGACAGAUGGUCAGUCUAGAGGAUGACGUGGCGUGA